AGCAGGCGAGACGGCAGUGUCAAGCAAACAAAAGGCAAACUACUCGGAAAAAUGCAUCGUCUGAUAGCUCGUGGAGCGGGAAGAAUUCUGGCAAAGAGAAACACCACCAGAGGACGGUUAAUGCCCUGCGCAUUCCUUGCCAGUCACAAUCGCAGUCAGUAUGGAACGAAGAAAUCAGAGGAUUCCCCCGUCAAGUUGACAUCCGAUCACUGUUCGGGAAACCUAGCAGAUGUCGUGAAGAGCAUCCGCGAACGGGUAGAUGUUGAUUUCGGCUACAAUACGGUGCCCAAGCCGCGUGAUCAUCUCUUAAAGUACCAGCCAAAACUCGAGGACCUACCGACACGCAGCAUGCUGGACUCCCACACCACGGUCGUGCUGCCUCUCGGCUCGGAUGAAUAUAUACGGGAGCGGUAUGUCAAUUAUUUGGGUAGGGUUCGCAUGGGACGUGUCAUGGAGGAGCUGGAUAUGAUGGCAGUGUGGCUGUGUCACCGCCAUGUGCUGCUGCCCAAUCUCCCAAAGGACGUACCGCUGCCAUACACGUUUGUCACGCUGCUCGUGGACAAGGUGGAGUUCAGCAACAUUGAGCGACUCAAGGCCAAUUAUGACAUUCAUCUGAGUGGGCACGUUUCGUGGACGGGCCGCAGCUCCAUGGAGACCACCAUCUAUGUGCAGCAGCUGGCGGAUGGCGAGUACAUCGAUGUGACCAGGGCCCUCUUUCUGAUGGUGGCACGCAAUGCCACCAACACGGGCUCGGCCCCCGUUAAUCCCCUGAAGCCAGCCGACGAGACGGAGAAAGCCAUCUGGAAGGAGGCCGAGCAGCGGCAGAAGCAGCGUCGCGCAGCGCAUACCGAAUCGGUGCUCAACUCUCCGCCGCGCGAACACGAGCAGGCCAUUAUGUAUAACCUGCUCAAGCGCACCACCAUACCGGACAACAUGGAUCUCAAUCGCCGCGUCCUGCCCCCCAAGUGCCGAUGGAUGCAGGACUCGCAGCAAACCACCAUGAUAUCCCCAUUCCCAGAGAAUCGCAACGCCCAGAAUACCAUAUUCGGGGGCUAUAUUAUGCGGCAGGCCGUCGAGAUUAGCUUCAUCAUGGCUAGCAUCUAUCUGCGCGGCCGUCCCAUACUCCAUUGCAUCUCCGACAUUAGCUUCUUGAGCCCCGUGAGGGUGAACACGUUCCUGCAGAUGACCGCCUAUGUGGUGUACACGAACAAGAACUAUGUGCAGCUGAUGACGGUGGCCCACAUCUGGGAUGUGCAGAGUGGCGAGGACAGGACCACGAAUAUCUUCUACCUCACCUACAAGGCCGACAAGAUUGUGGACGAAGUGCUGCCACGAUCGUAUCGCGAAAUGCUUUUGUAUGUCCAUGGCAGACGAAAGCUAUUGGCGGCCCUCAAACUGGACCCGCAAUACCCAGAUGAUACCAAGGAGACCGAUGCAAACCCAAAGGCGACUGAAAAUAAAUGAGACGCACUUAGUUCUUUCAUACCUCGA